AUGACGCCUGAUGGAAUAUUCUCACAAAUAAAGGAAGGAGAAAAGGAUGCAAACAAUAAAAGUUUGCAUGGAGGAGAAUUCUAUCUGAUCAAGAGAUUACCUGGUAUUCUUCCAUACUUUGCAGAUACUGGUGUCUCCUCAGAACUUAAGGCGCAGAUAGCGCACAUACUGAAGGAUACUACUGAACCAGAGAAUAGGAUAAGGUUCUAUGAUGAAUGGUCAGAUAAGUAUGAGGAGGAUCUGGUCCUGGUUGGAAACUACAGUGGACACACUAAAUGCGUGGAAGCGUUCCUCUCUCUUCAGUUGAACAGGAGUGUGACUAUCCUGGAUCUGGCGUGUGGAACAGGUCUACUAGGAGGGGAAGUGAUAAAGCAUGGUUAUGUAAACCUAGAUGGUCUAGAUGCUUCGCUGCAGAUGUUGGGUCAAGCCAGGAAGAAAACUAUUUUCAAGGAUCAUAUCUACGCCCAAGUGAACGGUCUGGGCUCUCUGCCCCUCUGUGACGAUGUGUACGAUGUCGUGAUGAGCUCCAACGGUUUUGCUCCGGGUCAAAUUUAUCCAGAAUCAAUAGAGGAGAUACUCAGGAACCAACCAUUACAAUUCUUCAGAUAAAAAUAUCUAUCAUAU